UUCAUGUUGGGGUCCGCUAUUGUCAACUGGACAACCUGGUUUAGAAAGUACGUCACCCUCACUGCGGCCUUCAAGAAGGACAGAAAUGUGCCGUUAAAGUUUCUCGGUGUUCCGGUGGCGCUCAUUCCCACCAGAAUGGAAUCCAUUAUUGUCUUUUUACUUUGGACAUACAUGAUUUUGGCCAACUGUGUUGGCCAUCACCAUGUGGAGGGAAAUACUAUUUGGAAGCACCCAAUGGGUGAGAUCGGUAGACUCGUGGCUGACAGGUCAGGUGUCCUUGCUCUCUUCACAUAUCCAUUGCUUAUCUUGUUUGCUGGUAGAAACAACUUCUUGAUCUACAUCACCAGAUGGAACUUUUCCAGAUUCAACAUCUACCAUAGGAAUCUUUCAAGAAUGUUCUUUGUCAUGUCUACCGUUCAUGGCAUUGCCAUUACCAUAUCUGCCUUUGGUAUUUCCCCUGAUAAGUAUGCUGGUAGAAUGAAGAAGCCAUACGUAAUUUGGGGUACUGUUGCAACAAUCUUGAUGGGGUUCAUGAUGAUUCAAGGCAUGCUUGUGUUGAGAAGAAAGUCUUACGAAACCUUCUUAAUUAUUCAUAUCAUCUUUGCUGUGUUUGUUUUGAUUGGUGUUCAUACCCACAUUGGUCCUUUCUUCUGGCAAGGCUACACCUGGUCAGUUGUUGGCCUUUGGGGAUUGGAUAGGGUUAUCAGAUUGAUUCGCAUGUUUAGCUUUGGUAUAAAGGAGGCGAGCGUCACGUUAGUCGCCGGUGAAACCUUGAAGGUGACGGUGCCAAAGCCAAAAUACUGGAACUCUCAGCCUGGUCAGUAUGCAUUUGUUUCUUUCAUGAUGCCAGCUUGUUUCUGGCAAUCUCAUCCAUUUACCGCAAUUUCCUCCAACGAAAAUGAGCUCAGUUUUGCCAUCAAGGUCAAAGGUGGUGUCACCCUGAGCUUGUACAAGCGCUUGGUUUCCAUGCCUUCUCAGACUGCAACCAUCAAGGUAUGUGUCGAAGGACCUUAUGGGUUCUCAUCCCCAACUCAGAAAUACAGCCAGUCCGUUGCGGUUGUCACUUGUGGACACGAUAGCAUGGUUGAUUCGGUCCGUUAUGCCGUUGUGCACAACUUGGAUGCAACCACCCAUCGUGUGGACUACUUUGAGGAGUUGCAGAUUUGGGCUUGAGUGAUCACCAUAUGGUGCUAUAGA